GUUACUUUUUUUUUAAUUAAUUUUCUUUCUCUUUAGGCCCUCUCCUAUAAAUAUAUCAGUCUCAGUCGUCCAAUGCCUGGUCGCUAAGUUCAUUUGUACCCUAGCAACCAAUUUCGAAUGGUCUCAGAAUAUCACUCUGUACAUAGUACUCAAAGCUAAACAAACCCCUUUAAAGUGGGGGUGCUGGAUUCUGCGCGGUGCUGUCGCUUCCAGCCGGGAUGGAAGGGGUUAAACCGUGCGCCUCUCGCUCUUGUUGUUGCUGUAGGUGCUGCCAAGGUCGGAUAGAGAAUAGGCUGAAGCCUCCUAUCUGCCUGCUGACUGGUGGCACUUACACCUCCUCCUGUUGGGAAAGUGGCAGCUGCUGGGGGGGGGGACAUCUGGUAGAAUUAACCCUCUCCUGCUCUUGGGGGCCUUUGUUUGACUUUGUUAGUUCUAGUGCUGUCAGGUCCCCAGUUCCCCAAAGCCGUGAGUUUUCCCCCUGGGUCGCUAUUUGGAUACCAGGGUUGCAUCAGGCACAAUUUCGUAUAAACAGCUUGUCGCUGGGGAGCAGCCUGGCAACUCCCGGCCCCCUUACUGGCAGCCUGAUACCGCUCCGAGCUGGGAGAGGCGCUGGGUGCAAGCUGCCGGGGCUAACGAGUGGGCUAACGAGCGGGCAAAGGGCCAACGAGUGGGCAAAGGGCGACCUGGGACUGGCAGGGACUCGUUACUGGAAUGGGAUACAUCGUAGCGCUGUAACUGGCACAUGUGAUACAUUGUAACAAGGAGAGGAAGAGGAAGAUCCAUUAUCCAGAGAGACCCAGGGGUGCCCCGUGUCGGGGGGAUGUCAUUGAGAACAUUUUCCUAAAGGAUUUCUCAGAUGCAAAUUCCAUCAUGGCCAAGAGCUGCUUUGAUUGUACAGAGAAAAACUCCGCCCACAGUCUGUGCAUCACAUGCAACAAAUGGCUUUGCAGCACCUGCGCCGAGCAACACCGGCACACCAAGAGUGUCAGCGACCCCUUCAUACCCGCUGUCCAGAGGGGCUCCGCAGGCAAUGAUGGCACCUCGGGAAAUUUCCUUUGCUGCCCGCUGCACCACCAAGAGUCCCUGAAGUUAUUCUGCGAGACCUGCGAUACCUUGGUUUGCCGCCAUUGUGUCGUCAUGGAGCACAAAGACCACAGAUUCCGAAGGCUGGAUGAGGCCUUGCAACACCAGAGAGCCGUCCUGGAGAAUGUUAUAACCCAAGUGGAGGAGAAGAAGGUCGUGGUUCAGGCAGCAGGCAAACAAAUUGAGGACAGGUUGUAUGAAAUUAAGCACAUGCACAGUAAAGUAGAAAACCAGAUCAAAGUGACCAAAAUGGUGCUGAUCAAUGAGCUGAACAAGAGGACAAAUGUACUGCUGGAACAGCUGGAGAAAAUCACAACAGAAAAGCGCCACAAAUACGAGCAGCAGCUUCAGUCGAUACUGGUCCUGAAUCGCCAGUUGGAGCACGUGCAGAACUUUAUUAACUGGGCCAUGUAUGGAAAGAACAGUAUCCCGUUCCUGUUCAGUAAGGAACUGAUUGUUUAUCAGAUGCAGCGGCUCCUGGACACCAGCUGUGGGGGGGACGUGGGGCGCACGUCGAAGAUCCGGUUCAGUUGGGAGCCAUCUUUCUGGACCAAACAAAUAUCCAAUUUGGGCUGCCUAAUGGCGGAUGGAGCCCACUUGCCAACGCCGGACAUACCCACCUACGGAACAGAAAAUGCCCAAGCCCCGUAUUACCCAGCACCCCAUGUACCCAUUACAGCCCACCCUGGUACCAUCACCAGUUCCCCACAUUACACAUCUUCAGUCCAGUGUCCCACGCCCAUGUGUUGCACCCAUUGCCAUACCUUGCCAACCGUGCCAAAGAACCAGCCGGCCACGGGCACAGUGACCCCCCACGUGAGCUUCGCCCACCCAACGCCAAUCAAACAACAGCAGCCCCCAUCUACCCAGUAUAACUCCAGCAAAGAGCAAAAGCCAACCGUCCGUCCUUUGAGGGUCAUCCAGCCUUGGGUAUCCCACCAGCCUCAGGCGGAACAGGAGAACUCCCCCUACUGGCUGGACCAUCAGCAGCAGAAGCCACAGGUGCCACCGAGCCAACCAAAUGCCCCACCUGUUUGCCCAGUGCCCCCACAGGAUUUCAACCAAGUGCACAAUGUGCAUACGAUCCAACAUACGGUGCCCAUCACCACGCCAACCUCUCUGCAGGCACCAUCAGUACUUCAGACGCCCUCGGUGCUCCAGGCACCAUCGGUACAAAUGCAAGUGAGCUCGGUGCACAGCCUUAGCCACAUCCAACCCCAGAGGCUCCAGCAGCAAUCGGCCCUGUGCCAGGCGGAGAGCGCCCACGAGCAGGUCAUGCACCACAGCCUGGACAUUAUUAACCAACAGUUUGAGUUGGAGCAGAUGCAGAAGGGCCUGGAACUUCUUCUCCAAAGUCAACCGUCCAACGUCCAACUGAACCCGACCAAGCAGCCUCAGCACGUGCAACAGACUAUUGUGGGGCAAAUCAACUACAUAGUCAGGCAGCCGGCAACAGCCCCACUUCAGCCCCCGGAGGAAAUUCCACAGGUCUGCGAUGAGCCCAUAUCUCCGGGCAGUCACACCGUGGACCUCUCGCCGGUCACCACCAGUUCUCCCAGUAACAUGCAGUCCCAGUCUAUAGCAGAUGAAAUCAUCGCUGCCGUGGAAAAUGACGCGUGCCAGAGGAACCAACUGGCGGCCAAUCCCGAGAGGAAGAGAUCGGCCUCGGUGGGUUUCUGUAACGUGCCAGAGAUGGAACUGUCUUCUCCGAGACUCUCUAGGUCUGUGGAUCCUCAGAUGCCAACUGUCUCCUGUCAGUUCUUUGAGCCGCCGGAGGACAGGGGGUUCCUGCCCGGCACAGAGGCGGAGAGGUUGGCAGAGUACACGGCAGUGGAAGCAGCUGUCGCAGACAAUAUACACGUAGCAACCGAGGAUCACCAGGCAACCGGUGCCGCUGUCUUGGGAAAUGCCAUAUGCAAGGUUGAGAAUGAAGAUUUUAGCUGCGCUAACAGUGCCGCCAUAGACACUGAUUUGCAGACAGAAAGUGCCCCUCCAGUAAUUUCCAGCGAAUUCAUCCUGCCGCUGCCCGAGGCAUUUGAGGAGCCAAUCAACCUCUCGGUGAAGAAAUGCCCCCCCCCAGAAACCUCCUCGGUGAUUGUGAAAAAGCCCACUCACCUUCCUCCUGCCCCCGGCAAACCACUCAAACAUGAGACAGAAGACAGAGGGUUCAAGCCGAGCUUUGCAGAAGGCAGAAAGGGCAAGGAAAACACACCCAGGACGCCGGCGAGGGAAACCCGAAUCCCCUACGUGCGACUGGAGCGGCUAAAGAUCCAGGCUCCCAACUCCGGGGAACUCCCUGUUUUUAAGGUUCAGCCGCAGAAAAAAGAUGAAGACGGGUCGGUGCGUUUAGUUGUCAAAUAUGGCGCCCAGUCCAAGAGCAUGUCCAUAAAGGUUAACCCAGACUGCCCGUACUCAUCCCCCCACCCCGCCCCGCAACCCGCAAUGCCUUAUGGGACAGAACCAAUCCCUUACACCACCAGCCAAACCAUUUCUGAACUGGAGCAACAAGUGAACAAUCUGGCGAGGGUGAGUCCCUACAGCGGGGAGAGCCCGGCAUUCAGGAACAGAAUCGAGGCCCCGGCGGCUCCCAUAGAAGAUCCUGAGGUGACGUGCAAGGUCAACGCUGCCCCUCAGCCAACCAGAAAGCCCGUCCAAUCAGAAGACCAUGAUCAGCUUGAGAAUGAGGAUUUCUGUGCUGUUUGUCUGAAUGGAGGGGAAAUGCUUUGCUGUGACCGUUGCCCAAAAGUCUUUCACCUUUCCUGCCAUGUUCCAGCCCUGCUCAGCUUCCCUGUGGGCGAAUGGCUUUGCACCUUGUGCCGAAACCUGACCAAACCAGAGGUAGAAUACGACUGCGACAAUGUCCGCUAUUGUCUAGAGAAUAAAAUGGAGAUUGCGGCUUUUCCCAACCUUGACGACUACGACCAAAGGAAGUGUGAGACGCUGGUGCUGUCGCUGUGCUGUAACAGUCUGAGCCUCCCAUUCCAGGAACCCGUCAGCCCCUUGGCGCGGCACUACUACCAGAUCAUAAAGCGCCCGAUGGACCUCUCCAUUAUACGGAAGAAGCUCCAGAGACGCAAUAUCCCGCAUUACUCGGCGCCGGAGGAACUGGUGUACGAUAUUCGCCUCAUGUUCUGGAACUGCGCAAAGUUUAAUUAUAUAGGGCCCGCAGAACAGAAGGCAAUAUUCAAGGAAGACUCUGAAGUGGCCGAAGCCGGACGGAACCUGGAGAUGUACUUUGAGAACAUGCUGAAGGAGGCCUACCCCGAGAAGGUCUUCCCUUUCCCACAGGAGGAAGAUUCCGACACGGAGGAGAUCGGCAGUGAGAGCUGCCACCUGAGCCUGAAAGGCUUUCACUGGCCACCCUACGGGCCGGACUACCUGCAGCCCAAGCGUAGGAGGCGCCAUACCCUUAGCCAGAAGCCCAGGGAGUUCGACAUCUGCUAAAUCCCACGCAAUUACAUUGGGGCGACGUUGGCAAACUCUGGCGAUUAAAGGGCAACCGUGAUAUAAAUUCCACUGACAGUGACUUUCAGAACUCAGAAUGGGCCACUGGCCCCCCCGGCUAUCAAGGCCCAGGGCUGAUUAAUGUAUGUAAUGGGCCGUUACUUCUCCUGAGAUCUUCCCUACGUUUCCUUUAUUCUUUCUGUAUAACCCGCCUUUCCCACUGCCUACAUGGGCCCUAUACCAUAUUAUCCAUUUAAAGGGGAAGUAAACAUUCUGACUGAAAUAAACCGAACAUUGAAAAAAUCUUCACCAUCGCUUGUGAAAUGUCGCAAGUCGCAUUGGGGCAAGAUUGUGUAUCAGGAUUUGUAACUCCAUAAUAUCAUGUCUAAUUACUGCUCUUUUGAUUCAUGUCAUGCUGUUAGAUAGUCACUAUUAAAUGGAAAGUAAGGU